UAUUGUGCGGUGCAUUGCGGGCGAUGGCCCGUUUGUGAUGGAAUUUCUCGACGCAGACAGGGACUGUAUUAUGCAUGAGAGUGGUAGGAAGGAGGAACUGGCGUGGGAGUCGAGCGUGAGGCUAUCGCUCGUCGGCACGGAGGACUUCGGCAUGUUCUUGGAGGAGAGGGAGGGGAGGAAGCGCAAGUGGGGGGAGGGGAAGGGGAGGCGCGAGGAGGCGGAGGAGAGGGAGCAAAGGAAGGUGCCGCCUAAGAAAAUUAUGGCUUCGCUCGGCGAGAUGGGUGGCAGCGCCACGAGCUCGUCGUCAUCACACAUGUCGCCGGGCUGGCAGGUCAACGACCUCGACCUGGAUCUACCCGGGGAGCUGUCUAUGAAUGAGGCGCUCCUCUCGCUGCCGUCGUUGGCAGUGUUCAAGCAAGAGGCGCCUUCGCCCACCGGCGCGGUGCUCUCGCCUCCCCGCAGGGCGUGGCCUCGCAGACCCGACGAUAGACAGAUAAGCAACAUGGUCAUAGACAACCGGGAGCCGAUGGAUGAGGGCUGCCAGCCGUCGCCGCCUCACAACAAUAUGAUGAGCCAGCAUUCCAGCAGCCCGGAGAGUAUGCAGUGCCAGCCCACGAUGCCGCCCGCCAUGAUGAAUAUGAAUGGCUAUCAUUCGCCAAACGAGCACGACAAUAAGAAUGCAGGUCUCCUGAUGUGUUCACCGUCAGCCUUCGACGGUUUCCUACAAUCGCCGAUACAACGCUCCGAGAGCAGUUACAAGGACGAUUCGAGGUUCCAAUACGUGCUAGCGGCCGCCACGUCCAUAGCGACGAAACAGAACGAGGAGACGCUCACGUACCUGAACCAGGGGCAGCCGUACGAGAUCAAGCUGAAGAAGCUUGGCGAUCUGUCGCACUCGAAGGGCAAGAUAUUGAAGAGCGUGAUAAAGAUAUGCUUCCACGAGCGCCGCCUGCAGUACAUGGAGCGGGAGCAGAUAGCGCAGUGGCACGCGCAGCGGCCCGGCGAGCGGAUCAUCGAGGUGGACGUCCCCCUCUCGUACGGCGUGACGCGCGUGGAGCAGCCGGCCGCGCUCAACGCGCUGCACGUGUACUGGGACCCCACGAAGGACGUCGGCGUCUAUAUCAAGGUGAACUGCAUAUCGACGGAGUUCACGGCGAAGAAGCACGGCGGCGAGAAGGGGGUCCCGUUCCGCAUACAGGUGGAGACCCACCUCGCGAGCGACGAGCUGGUGCGCCUGCACGCCGCCGCUUGCCAGAUCAAGGUGUUCAAACUAAAAGGUGCCGAUAGAAAGCACAAACAAGACAGGGAGAAAGUCAUGCGGCGACCUCCGGCCGAUCUGGACAAGUACCAACCCGGCUGCGAGGCCACCGUCCUGACCACGUUAUCGAGCGACGCGUUGAUGCCGCCACCGUCGCUGGUUACCGCUUCGCCGCCGUACUCGCCGGAAAUGUGUACCGCACCAAAAGUGACCAGUCCAGUGCUUGUCAAUAAGCCUGCGUUGUCACAAUCAUCUCUCAUUACAUCAAACAACCGGAUGAAACCUUUAUACUGCCAAGAUGGUGGUGAGGUGAAGGUAGCGGCGCCGUCGUGUCACUCGCCCGGCGCCAUAUUGCCAGACCUGCCCAACGCGCCCGAAGACACCGACAAGAACAACGGUUUGUGCAAGGACGCGUCGGCCGCGGAGACGCAGGCGUGGCUCGCGCGCCACCGCUUCGGCCAGCACGCCGCAACGUUUGCCAACUUCUCCGGCGCCGACCUGCUGAGACUGUCCCGUGAUGAUAUCAUACAGAUAUGCGGCUUGGCGGACGGCAUUCGUUUAUACAACGCACUGCAUGCAAAGCGCAUUGAGCCGCGCCUCACGGUGUACGUGUGCGCGGGCGGUACGGGCGGUGCGGGCGGUACCGGCGGUACGGGCGUGUACAGCGCGCUGUACCUGCACGCGUGCCGCGCCGCCGAGCUGCUCGCCAAGCUGCGCGCGCUGCCGCACGCCGCCGCCAAGGACUGCGAGACGGUGCUGGUGUCGGGGCCGAACGGGGCCCGGGUGCGGCUCACCGACGAGCUGGUGCGCCACCUGCCCGACAGCUCCACCUACCGGCUGGAGCGCGUCGACGACACCGUCCUGCUGCUCAGCCCCACGCCCAAUUAGUGGUGGCCACCCCACCACCCGGCACCACCUGGCCCCUUGGUGUGAUAGUACAGUAGUGGUGUGGAACCGAGGGGUUCUGGGUUCGGUUCCCGGUAACUACCAGCUGGAACGCAUCGAGGACCGCCUCCUCGGUACAGUUUUGGCAUGGAACCGAGGUGACAUGGGUUUGAUUCCCGGUAGGGACUCUAAUAUCUCGGUCUGAUCGCCUACUUGUUCAUGAAGAUCAUUGAGACAGGUGUACAUCAUCUGCCCCAUACUACAUUGGGGGACGUCGGAAUCGGCUUAGCCGUUGCUGGGGUGCGGGCGUGAUGGUGGAUACUUGUAUUUUUUUAUCGGAUAUAGAAUUGUAAUAACAGAGUCAAUGUUGUCAUGAUGGAAUCGUUUGGGAACCUUUAAAGGAAAAGAAAUGCGACUAUUAAAGCGUGUUAAGCGCAUCGCAAUUCGUUCAUCGGAACGAUGAUGGUUUCGUAAUUUUUAUGACCAUAAUGUUGUAUUGUAUUGUAUUUAAUGUAGAAAUAUUUGUUUUUGGACGUUAAAACUGUCGAAUUUGCCAUUUUUUUAUUUCACAUGACAUCUGUUGUGUGAAAUGAAAAAUGUUAACUUUUAUAUCAGAACGGGAAUAGUGGUUUUGAAGCGAUGACUGUACGUACAUACAGACAUAGUAAAAGAGUAAAUAAAAAUCAAUGAUUAACAAAAAUGUCACAACUUUAUGAACUAUAAUUAAUUAUCUUCACGCACUCACUGUGCCAGUGAUAAGAAUAUCACUACCUAUUGUGUAUUAUACUGAUAGAAAUAUCACUAACACUAUUUUUAAUAGAACAUCACUCAUAGUGAUGAUUUAGGUAGUUAACUUACCACAGAUUCAUGAGAUACAUACUUGACUUUAAGUUCUUGUUAAGUGACAAGCUGUCUUUACAUAGACAAUACAGCGAUUGAGUUGUCAUUGAGUUCUACUCAAGUUGAGUAUGGUUUGAGUGUGUAUAUGUUGAGUUGAGUGUAGUCCUUCAUGGAAAUACGUUUAAUCGUAAGAAGUGACCUUAAAAUGUGCCUUAAAAGUUUAAAUUUUAAUAUAUAAAAUCUUGAAAUCGAAUAAUUUAAAAAGACCUAAAAAGUUAUACAAACUGAAAUGUGACCAAAAAUUUGGCUGAUUAUUUUUUUACAAAAUUAAAGUAAUGUGCAUA